AAUGAACACUACUGUAAACAGGAAGUACUUUCAUUUUAUCAUAAAGUCCAAGUGGUAUGUGUUUAAGGGCCCAAAAAGAGCAAACCGAGUCUUAUUACUGGCUAAUAGGCACCGUUCUACCACAAAUUCAUUAGCCAGAGAGGACGACAUCAAGAUUUGCGGUUGUUGACCUAGUGCUAUCGGUCCCUGAGAUGACAUCACAGCCUCAACUCCACGGCGGGGCUGUACAUCACCAGGUUGCCCACAACGACUCAGCUCAACAAGCCCAGCCUCACAUUCAGGCCCAUCUUGACUCAAAUGCGAGCACCAGCACCACCCGGCGUCUGGAGAGCAGAGCUCUCCCCCGCCGGCCCGGAUGCGCCAGUUCGUCAAGCACCGGUGCCGUUUCGCCCUGUUUAGUCAACUCCAGCAUAUCCAAAGGAUCAAGGUGCUUGGAGCCCUGGCCCGAAGAGGCGGUGGAUAAGUCGCACGGGUUGAAUUCACUCCACCGCAUGUUCGAUAUCGUGGGAGCCCAGCUCACUCAUCGGGACGUUCGAGUACUGUCGUUUUUGUUCGUCGACGUGAUCGACGAGUAUGAACGUGGCGGCAUCAGGAGCGGAAGGGAUUUCUUGCUGGCGUUGGAGCGACAGGGUCGAUGCGAUGAGACCAACUUUCAACAUGUGCUCCAGCUUCUGAGGAUCAUCACUCGUCAUGACCUUUUGCCUUACGUCACACUUAAAAAACGGCAGGCUGUGUGUCCAGAUCCUGUUGACAAGUACCUGGAAGAGACGUCCGUGCGCUACAUUUCCCCCAGGGGAGGCAUAAAGAGCAGGGACAGUGCACCUCACAGAAUGACAGGACCGUACGUUGGCCCGUCCCGAAUGAAAUCGGCUCCUUCUGUACCAAACGGCAUGUUUAAGCGAAACCAUUCUUCAGCCGACUUCAGAGAGAAGCAAACCUGCGAUAUCCGCCUGCGCGUCCGUGCCGAGUAUUGCCAGCACGACUCGGCCCUUCAGGGCAACAUCUUUUCCAACAAGCAAGAAGUGGUGGAACGACAGUUUGAACGCUUCAACCAGGCCAACACCAUCCUCAAAUCCCGAGACUUGGGUUCCAUCAUCUGUGACAUCAAGUUCUCCGAGCUCACCUACCUGGAUGCUUUCUGGAGAGACUACAUCAAUGGCUCGUUGUUAGAAGCCCUCAAAGGCGUUUUCAUCACAGAUUCUCUUAAACAAGCAGUUGGACACGAGGCUAUAAAACUACUGGUCAAUGUCGAUGAGGAGGAUUACCAAGCAGGCCGUCGUAGACUUCUUUGUAAUUUGGUGACGAGCGGAGAUCCUCCCGGAGGUAUCAAAGACUGCGUGUCUUAGAUUUUAGCUCACACGUACAGAAGGAAUACAACUGUGCCUCCCCAUGGGGAACAGACAGAGAUGAGGACGAUGCACAUGUCAUACCUGUGUCCGGAUUGUGUGUGUGUGUGCGUGUCUCUGGAAUUCCAGCGAUCCCACUUGUUCUUUCAGCACAAGGGUCAGAGGAUAGUUGGUAGCCCCCUCCCCCCCCUCCCCCCAACGUAUAGCAUGCAAAGGGAUUGGGGACUUUGCCAGAGAAAAGUAGGUAAAGCAUACAGUUUUACAUUCAUUUGAAUAUGAAUCUGUUUAAAAUGCAUUCUGUUUCAUUUAUGAUUUUGAUAAAAGAAAACACAAGUCCUCAAAAGGUGUCAAGAAUAGUGAGGAAUGUCUCGACUUCUUUUUUUUUUUUUUUUAAUGCAGAUAAUUUAUUUUUUUCAGGUCAGAUUGGUUGUAUUAACCCAUUUGGACCAUCUGUAAAGCACCGACAUUAGUAGCGUCGCAUUUUAUUUUAUUUUAUUUUUUUCUCUGUGUUCCAACUGUCGUACCCGUCUACAUGGAAACAGGUUUUAAUGCAUCUGCAAAAAUUUCAUAACAUAUACUUUCCAUCUACAAGGAGGAAGUUUUUAUUGAUGAUUGAAUGAUAUAAUUUAUAAACGGUGUAAUAUAGCACAUAUGCGCUCUGAGUUGCAGUUUGAUAACAUCAUAGAUGCAAUUUGAUGUUAAAUAUUUUGCUUCUCCCCUAUUGACCAGUAGCAUAAUGACGUCAAACAGUUGCAUUGUAGGAGUUGCUGGCAGUCAGUGUAUUACUGUUACAGCGGGGUGUUUUUUUUUUUUUUUUAAAUUCAUCAAGAAGGUGGAUUAGCGGUGCUAUUGUGCGUGAAAUAUGCACAACGAAACACGCUACCUUUCUGUCACGUUAUGAUGCUACCUGUCAUUGCGUCACAGUUACACUUCCAACUCUGUAUAUGGCGGAAAACACUCAGGUGACUUGAAGUUCCGCUCUGAGACCCCCAAUUUGGUCAAACCAAAAACUGUCCUAUAUGCAUGUGUAUCGUUGGAAAGCUUAAAAUCUCAAUUUUCUGGGGGAAUAAAAAUUUUGAACAGGAGGGCAUGUUUUUAAAAAAAAAAAAAUUUUUUAAACAGCAAAACCCUAACUGGAGGUGAGAGCACGUGAGAGCAGAAUUAAACACGCCAUGAUUUUAACGAGAUAUUAUCGCAUACUUGUUUCGAUCCAAAAACUACAUGUAGCAUUUAACAUCGAGUGUCAAGACACAGAUGUGAAUGGUCAAAGCCGGAUUUUUGGGGGAUUUUAUGGGUGAAACAUUGUCAUGUAACAAGGGUCGCGAUGCAGAAAUCGCAGACAUCAAGGAGUGGUCGAGAUGUUCUUUUUGAUAUAUUUAGCCUUUUAAACGUUAUUUUCCCCCAAUUUUUCUUUGUUUGGAUUGAUUAUUUAUCAUCUCAAAUAACGGGGAAAAUGCGACAGCAACCAAAAAAAUACAAUUAAGCGAUAGUUAUGAGGUGACCUUUUUACAGACACCAUUUUUUUCAUUGUGAUGUAAUUUGUUUAAAAGUUAAAAAUAAGCGAGUGAAUAAUUUUUUAAAGUCGUUUUUUUUUUUUAAACGAAAUAUUAGACAUCAACUAACGUUUCUAUGCUAAAAAUGACAGACAUUUUGAAUAAUAAAUAACUGAGUUUUUUAUGGCUGGGUUGAAACAAAAGCGGUUGCACGACACCUGUAAACGGGGGUUUCCAGGGUAAAACGAACAAAUUAAAAAUAGUUCGGGGGCUUAAUGCACCUUGAAUUUACUAUGGCAGCAUAUAGACAUAUUGUUCUAUCAAACACAACAGGUCUUUUGGCUUCAAAUACUGCAGUUUAUUUUAAAGAGGGGUGCAAGAGCAGAAACUGCUUUUUCAGUCUUGUCUGUGUUUUCCGCCAUAUACAGUUAAAACAAGGAAUUUUACAUAUACUGUGCAAAAACAUUUUUGUCUUCCUGUCCUGAAGUCAUAUCAUACUAAACCUCUCCUGUUUCAGGUCAGUCAUGAUUACCAAAAUUAUUUAAUUUUGUGAUAUGCCACAAUAUUAGAAUUUCUUGGAGAUUUUUUUAUUAUUUUCUCCGAAGUCAAAGGUUCACAUCCACAAAAAGUACUUUCUUUAAACAAGGAAAUCGGCCAGGGGAUCAGAGAGCAAAUUGUGGAGCUUAUUCUUGGGUGCAAUUUCAAGAUGCUUGAAGGUUCAUUUGUUCACGCAAGUGUACGCAAGUAUAAACAUCAUGGGAAUAUCCAGCCAUCACGCUGCUGAGAAAGGAAAUGUAUCCUAGAGAUGGUCCGUACUGUGCGAAUCAACCCUAGUUUUGCACCGACAUGGACUGAAAGACCACUCCAGGAAUGAAGUCAUGACACCUAAAGAAACAUACCAAAAAAAAGUUUGCAAAAAGGAACCUAAACAAAGAUCUUCCGGAUAUAUGUGAUCUGAUUAAAGUGGAGCUGUUUGGCCAUAGUGACCGUUACAUCUAGAGGAAAAAGGGGGAAGCUCGUAGACCUGAGGACACCAUACGCACUUUGAAGCAUGGAGGUGGCUGCUUCUUGUGGGGCUUUAUUUAUUAUAGCAGGAACUGAAGUUCUUCAUAAAAUAGACUGCGUCAUUAAGAAAGAACAUUACAUGGGUCCCUCAAAUGGACAAUGACCCUAAACAUACUGCAAAAAUGGCUUCAGGAUAACAAUGUCAAUGUCUUGGGGUGGCCAUCACAGGCAAGGCUAAUUUAUUGGAAUAGCACAAUUUGACACAAGGUAGUUCAAUGUGUUUUAGGCGCAUACAAAUCAGCAAGACACAAUUGAAGAAAUAGAAACAGAAAUAAAACGAUACAUAGAAAUAUAAACAAUAAAUGGGUAAAUAGCAAAGGUCAUAUAGCUUGUAAUCUGAAUGAUAGGGGCACUUAUGAAUAUGCUUUCGUAAACAUAGUGUUUUUAGCCCUAAUAUAAAGGAGCUAACUGUUGAGCUUACAUGGCCUUCACGGAAUUUGUUCCAGAGUUGAGGAGCAUAAUAAUUGAAUGCAGCCUCACCCUGCUUGAUUCUUGUUCUUGGAAAACACAGGAAACCAGUUGCAGACAACCCUAGGGGUCCAGAUGCUUUGUAGGGUCAAACCCAUCAAGCAUGUACAUUAUUUUGGUCCAAGGCCAUUUGAGUGUUUUGUAGACCAACAGCAAGAUUUGUCCUUUGAUUUACAGAAGCCAGUGUAAAAAUGUCAUGGCCAGGGGCGGACUGGUAAUCUGUGGGUUCUGGGGGAUCACAGAACGGCCGGUGCCCUGGACGGCCGGCGGCCGCCAUUCAUUAUACUUCACUGUUUUUAUCCCCUCUAUCCUCUGAUUAUCUACAGUUCACAUCCAAUCCGACAGGUGGCAGCAAUGCGCCUGGCUGUUCACUGCCAAUCUGAUAGACUAGGAACGAAGAAAGCACAGAGUAGCCUUCAUUGGUUCCUUCCUUGUGGAAGCAAAAUAGCGACGAGCGUUAAUGCACAAUAUGGAUGGUGGUGGCAAAAAACAGAAAAGAGCAGGAUGGCGCGGAGAAGGUUAGGGAGAAAAAAAUUAAACUGGAGAGUGAAGCAUUAAAAUGUCAUAAGUUGACAAAUAUUUUCGCAAGCAGCAGUCUGGCUGCAACGGCCACGUCGGAUAACAACAGCCCAGCUCCCGGCGAUGGUGAGAGGGAGCGGCAGCUGCUCUGACGUGCAGCCGGUGCAGGGAGAGAGAAAAGAAGAGGGGGGUAAGCUGGUGGAAGUUCCCCAGACAAGCGCAGGGCAAGUAAAUUGGGAUGAAGAGGGUUACUUGCUCGGUAUACUGGAAAUUGUUAUCCACCAGGUAGCUACAUUUUAAAUGAAAUAAAUGACAAUUAAAGGGUUAGUGCCAGCUAGUCGAUGUACCCGUUUGCAAUCGUGUCAAGUUACAGUAGGCUAGUCCUACUAUCCCACUCCUAAGAAAAAAUAUUUUAGCCGUAAAACAAUGUAUGCACACGCAGCAUAGCAAUAUUAAUUCAGAAGAAAUAUAACAAAAUAUUAAUAAAAUGAAUGGUUUUACUUUAAAGUUUAGGUAGUUAAACUGAUAUGAUAUACAGUAUAUUUUUAAUAAUUUAUAUAUCGUUUUGUUUUCUGGUUAAUACUUUCCAAUGAAGGUUAUGUAUACAGGAUUUGUCUUGAAAUGUUUAUUGUAUUUUCAUUGAAAUUUAUUAUUUGUAUGGCAGGGGUCUCCAAACCGGUCCUCAAGGGCCGCUGUGGGGCCUGGUUUUUGUUUCAACCGAUCGAGUACCGACAGUUUAACCAAUGAAGUUUCUGCUAAAACAAGCAGCACCUGACUGCAAUCAACUGAUUACACUUGUAAGACACCAGAUCGGUGCAGAGGUGUUGUCUUGUUUUGUUAGAAUGAAAUCCUGCGCCCGCCGCAGCCCUAUGUGGAAUAGUUUGGAGACCACUGAAUUAUGGCAUAAACAAUGAAGUCAUUUUAUAUAUAGAGAUAUAUUAUAAUCAAUUGGAUAUAUAAAACUUGCUUUGAAAAAUAAAUUCUUUAAUUUGUUUAUUCAGGUUGAUCAUAGAGCUAGUACAGAAAAUGAAUCCAACUCCAGUUCAGACUUGCAGUACUUUGAGCGCCCCAAGUCAGACAGUCACAGUAUAGACACAUUUUCUUAAUUUUUCUCUCAAAGUGCACGAAAUUGAUGCAUUUUACAAUAAAAUGUUAAAAAAAUAAAAUAAAAUAAAAAUUCUCCCCGGGGGGACAUGCUCCCGGACCCCCCUAGGGGUUCUGUGUUUCCUUUCGUAUAGCGAUUCUUGUGGGCUGGGCUGAGUCAAAGUCCAGGGCUGCUUUUUAGUCCCAGUCCGCCCCUGGUCAUGGCCGGUGUAAUAUGGUCGUUUCCUUAUUUGUCGGGGCCAAAUAAUACGAAAAAUACGCCAUUGCAGUAAUUCAAUCUACUAAAAAUGAAUGCACGGAUAAGUUUUUACAUGUCUUGUCUCAGAGCUCUGAUUUGAAUGUCAUAAAAGAAUUGUCACUGCACAACGAAACUUUGAAGUCAGGAGCUUCCAAAGCCAUGACCUACCUCAUAAUGUGUACUUUCCUAGGUUCUUUAAAGACAUUGUACUUUUUGCCUAUGUAAACUUCUGGUCUUCAAAGAAAAUAUCAUAAAAAUCAUAGGAAAUUCAAAUUUUCAUUAUCCUGACAGACCUGAAGCAGGAGAGGUUUGGUCUGACUUGACUUCAGAGAGACCAAAAAUGAAAUGUGUGUUUUUGCACAGUGUGUGUCUCACCGAUUCCAUAAAGGGCCGCAGUGGGUCCUGGUUUUUGUUCAUACCGAUCGAGCACAGAUUGUUCAUCCAUUGAGGUUUCUGCUAAAACAAGCAGCAUCUGACUGCAAUCAAUUGAUUACACAUGUAAGACACCAGAUUGGUGAAAAGGUAUUCAUCUCGUUUGGUUGGAAUGAAAUGUGCACCCACUUCAGGCACUUUGAGGACCGGUUUGACACCCCUGGUUUACAGCGUUACAACGUUUCAGUCAAUGAUUUACAAUUUUUUUUUAAUAGAUAACUCAGUUUCCAUGUAGACAGGGCCUUAAAUCAUUUUGUACUAAUAGGACUGAUUAUUUUGUAUUUAAGUUCAACUGAAGUUGGAUGUUCCAUUGAUGGUUCAUAUUGUUAACACAAAAUCAUAAAAUUGUUUUAAAUAUUAUUUGUCAUGAGAAAAAUAUAUGGUGGAAGUGAACAUGGUUGCCAAUAAAAUCGUUGGAUUUUGAGAAGAAAAAAAACGUAGUCAUUAGAAUUGGAAAGAAGAUCUUUCACAAAUAUUUUAUUGUCAUUUUCCUUUCUAUCAAACUUACGGGACUAAAAGGAGCCAAUAAUGUUUCAAGUUGGAAGCAAAGUCAAUGGAUGCACAUUUCAGCGUUAGUGUAACUUUUGCCUUCUUUUUGAGUGAUAGCAACAUUUUCCUGUACACUGGAUGGGUCAAAUAUGCUCACUAAAGACUUAUUUACAGGAGAGGACGAUGUCUGACAUAAUUCAUGCAUUUGCAAGAAAAAGAAUAGAUUGGACAAGACCGUUGCUGACUAACUUGUUGAUACAGUGAGUGGCUCUACGGCAAAAGCCUAAUAAUCAGCCUUCAUACUUAAACGAGGGGUGUGACAAAAUAUUGAAAUGGUGAUAUAUCGUGAUACUUUGCAUCCCAAAAGGUUAUCGAUAUGCUCAUGCCAAGAAUCGAGAUAUUAUUUUAAAAAGGUAUCAGUGUUUUAAAAAAGGAACCAACAAGUUGCUACCUAAAUCUUCUACCAUAAUAGUGUCUCGGUUAACUCUAUGGCUGCCAUUGACGGCGCUCAACGACCAAUCCAUUUAGACCGGGAAGGGCGAAUGAACGCUCGUUCAUUCGAAACCAGAGCAUUCACAGUUACUCUUCAGCUUCUGUUCAUUUUCGAGCAUUUAUAGGUCACUUCCCCUCGAGUUUGAGUCACUGCCUAUUCAUUCUCAGGUCACUUCCUGUUAAGUAACCCAAAAUCAACAGCAAGUGACCCAUAAAACGGGUGAAAUAACAUUCUUUUGUCCAAAACCAGAGCAUUCCCAGUCAGUCUUUCUGAUUUUCAGGCAUUGUCAGGUCACUUUCUGUUUAUUUUAGGCAAAUUUAUUUAUAUAGCACAAUUCAACACAAGGCAAUUCAAUUUUAGAGCAUUUACAGGUCAUGUUCUGUAUUCUAACCCAAAAUCAACAGCAAAUGACCUUUAAAAUACCCCAAAAUUAUGACCCUGUUCAUUUUAGGGCAUUUACAAGUCACUUCCUGUUUUGUAACCCAAAAUCAACUGGAACUGACCCAUAAAUGCCCCAAAAAUAAAUAGGAAGUGGCUGAAAAUCAACAGGUAAUGACCUGAAAUGGCCCAAAAUUACGUCGUUGCCUGGCAUAGGCUGCCACUGAGGGCCAUAAAAGUGGGAGCGACCCGUUUGAACUGGGAAGGGUUAAUUCGCUGGCACCCUCCCAGUUCAAAUGGAUUGGGCGUUUACUCGGGAUAAACUUACAGCAGAAAGAUGAAGAUAGCUUGUUUUUCUGUUUAUUAGGUGUUUUGUACAAUGAUUUCCUGACCAAUGUAUUUAUAAUCAUAUUGCCAUAUUCUGAGAUCAUCGUUAUCAUGAGCUUUGUAUCGCAAAUCAUAUCGCAUCGUGAGUUACCAAGAGGUUACCACCUCUAAUUUAAACUGCUGCAGUUCAUUAUCAUUUCUAUGAUUUUGCUAAAUUGCGGAUAAAUAAAAGCACCAAUCAUCAUCUUGACCAUCUUACGAAUAAAGGGGAAAUGCAGUGUCAGCAAAAAAAAAUUUACUUACAAUGUACAGGGGUUGGACAAAAUAAUGGAAACAAAAUGGAAGAAAAACUAAUAUCGUGUAGGUCCGCCUUUUGCAGCAAAUACAUCCUCAAUUCUCCUUAUUGAAUCCCUAAAACUGACUAUAAAUGCUCAAUAAUGUUGAGAUCUGGGGAUUGUGCCGGCCAUACGAGAUGCUCAACUUCAUUAGAAUGUUCCUCAUGCCAUUCUUUAACAAUUACACAUGUUCAAUGAUUAUGAUGCCAAAAUGUUAGGUGUUUCCAUUAUUUUGUCCAACCUGUACAUCUUGACACUGUUCAUGUUCAAUCCUCAGUUCAACCUCAGUUGUUAUUGAAGCUUUUGAAAGCUUAGGUUUAAAUAAAUUCUAAAUAUCCAUCCUGCCUCCUCAAAUAGUUUUGGCAAAGCAAAGGACCGUUUCUAAGUUGCUAGUCACAUGAUCUGUUCGAAAAAUAAUUUUGGCCCACUAUCAAAUACUUUGUUGAAUUCUUGUUCAUUUCAUUCAUUUUGAUUGUUUUAUUGCUUUACAACUUUUGUAGACAACAUUUUAAUGAGAAAAACCUAAAUAAUAGCCAGCAUUUCCAGAAAUCGGCAGACAUUUUAUG